CCAGAACGUCAUCAACAUGCUAGGCAAAAAAUUCAUUCAUUUUCAUUCAUUCAAACAUGAGCCUUCAUCAACCUAUGGUAUUCUUUCAUGAGGGCUGUUUGUAGGUGUAGACUGGUUCUGGGGUUCUUAGUAAACCGACCAAAUUGUAGUUGUAACAGAAGAAGUUGAAAUACGACAACGACAAGAAUUGAUAUUGAAUGAAGAUGAGCAGAGACCAAUUUAUUUGAAGCGAGUCCACCUUUCACACGUAAGUAAACACCUAGCAACAACAUUGACGCUUAUACCGUCGACGCCUACCAUCGACACUUACCACCGAGCUAAGUAACCUCAACGAAAAAAAUACGAUGACUCUGGAGGAACCUUUUGACCCGUCUAAACACAACAAUAUGAUGGCUCUGAAAGAGGAACCCUUUGACCCAAAGGUUGCCUCAAAACCGAGGCGUCACCGCGAGCUGCAUACUUCUGCUAAUGUAUAAUUAGUCUUGUUUAUUAUUACUCCUUUUUUUGAUUAUGAGAUAUGUGACUAACAGGUGUUGUAGGUGAUCAACAUAUUCUACUUCGAUUUUCGAUUUGUAAUAGCUCAUCGUGUUGUACAUCAUGUGCUCUACCUCUAGUGGUCGGCAUCGUCGAAGUGUUGUAUUUUCUUACUGUAUCAAGGGAGUUUAAGUUCUCAAUCGUCUCUUCAUUUUUGGCGAGCAACAUGUUCCUCAUUGAGUCAAGGAGGGCAUGAUAGUGAUACUUUUACUAGUUUGAACUCAUUAUAGUGCUCUUUGUUCUAUAUUCAUUUGUUAUCUUGCUUGCUCGAACUAGUUUCUAAAAAAUCAGAAGAUAAUGAUUCAAUCAUCCUCUAGGCCUCUUACAACUACGGAACCCUGCUGCACAAAAUAAAGGACGAGAAAGAUGGAGCGGGAGGAGGUGGUGGUAGUGGCAGCACCACGAUGAACACCGACGCCCACAACCUUCAAGGUCAAGGAGAUCCUCUUCAUCAAGAAGGGGUUCGAUACUACAAGAACCUCUCUGAGAACGCACUCUCGCAGCGUAUCAUCUGGCUGGCGCUGUUCUGUUUCGGCCUCUUUCUCACCAUGGCAGUUUUUAAGGCUUUUUGCUCAUGAUCAUCUUCAUUUUGACAUCUUGAUUCGCCAUGGAUCCUUCUUUUUUCCUUGUCUUUGAUAAGUUGCUUUCUUGACAUAAUGAUGAUCUUCUUUCGUUUUCUCCUCGAUGUCAUCAAAUAAAUGAUCCAUUUGUUAUCAAAUACCGCAACUCAAUUUUAAUAAGUACUACGGGCGUCGCACUGCGCGAGCCGCGGGGGGGCUAUUUCUGGAGGGAAGGGAAGGGGAGAAGAAGGGAAGGGCAGGGAAGGGGAGCAGAGAGAACGAGGGGAGGGGAGAGGAGAUGGAAGGGGAGGCAGGAGCAGGGCGGGAGAGGGUUGGAGAGGAAUGGUGGAGGUGACGGCGGAGCGGCAGCGGCCUCUUGUAUCCCUCCCGGCGAGACACCCGGCGGCGUGCGACAGCGACGCCCAACACCGCAAUCAUAUGCGGCGGCACGGCUCUCCCCUGCGUCUCUUGCGCGCGCCCCUCUCCCCUGCAGAGACGCUCCCCGCGCCAUUAGGGGCAAAGCCGCCGAAUCCCCGGCGGAGUAUAUUACUGAGCGCGGCCCAUGACAUCCGCGCAACACUCUACGGAACAGGCUUCUGAACACGCCACGGAACAGCCACCAGGAGCACCCAGGAGCAGCGCGGGAGGCCCGCCAAACUGAGACACGCAGGAGCCAGCUGCGGCACCGCUCUGGAACACCCCAGGAGCGCUUUGCGCUGGGCUUUGCUUGCGCUCAUGCGAGCCCCUCAGGAGCACCCCGCGGGACCGCUGCGAAACAGCCGCGGAACAGCUCGCUGCGGAGCAGCUGCGGAACAGCUACGGAACAUCUUCGAAACAGCCGCGGAACAGCUAGAAGGCGCCCAGGAGGCUGCACUUUCUUGUUCUUCAGGUCGAUGCCAGCAAAUACAUGAUCCCAGCUCUUCUAACACAAGCAUGGAGCACUUUGUUCGAGGUGGCAACUACUUGCCAUUCCCCUUUUCAGGGAAAACGACUACCAACAAGAUGAGCGAUGGCUGGCCUUCGACUUCUCGACUCCGAGGCGCCGACACUCGACGCGCUCAUCAUCCAGCGAAGUUAUGGCGCGGAAAUGUUUCUUAUUUGAGUCAUGUAAUGAAUCGUAGCAUUUAGUAGAUAAAUUUUGUAGAUGAUGUAGUUCGUUCCAGGUGAGUAGGAUGAACUUUUUUACCUCUUCUAUGAUCAUUCAUUGACUUUUGUUUUUCGUAGGUAGGCCGUCUCCACCGAUGGGUUAAUGAGUAGGAUAUUAUAAAUGUUGUAGAUGUAGUUGGAGGUAGCCCAGCACUCGUCUUGUAGGUGUGAGUAUUUGUAAUAUUUGGCGUUCUUACACAAGUGACUUGUAAGAAUAGAAGGGUCGUUUAAAAGAGUUGUAGAACACCCGUAGUGCCAUGACUUUUUCCCUUCUUGACUAAUUGUGAGAUGAAGCAGAAGUACUACAAGUAGAAGAUACGAGUUCGCACUCUAUUCCUUAGCAUCGCUGACACAGCACCUUCUAUGUAUCAAGGGUCUGAAACUAAAUAUCAUGCGCAAUAUUUUCUUGUUCUUUGGCAUCACUGAGAAGCUAUAUGUGUGAGUGUGGUCUUCUAUGAAAAGUCGCAUCAUACCUUAUAUGAAGCUGAACACGGUUCUUUCGUCGUUUCUAAUCAUCCCGCAAGAAGAGAAGCCACAAAAACAAGCACAUCUAGAUCUCUCACCACCCGAACUCCGUACAAAUGGCAAGAAUCUUCACCAUCGAGAUGAGCAACGUACUACAGGAGGCAAAAAUCUUGAUGGUGCUCGUCUUCAUGCAGCAGAGACCAUGGCCAAGACUGUUGAUCCCAGUGCUAAUGUAGGUCCUGACGAACUACAAGUUGAAAAAGGAGACCGCGAACGCGAUGCAACUACUUCUGAUGCUGAUGGUGUUGCACAUGAGAACGACCCAGUGAAGCAGCUGACGAGUACCACGAACCAAGUGAAGGCGCUGGCGAGUACGAGCCAAGUGAUGGCGCUGACGGGUAGUCCACACGAUAUUAAUUUUAGUCGUGACAACAUGAAGGUUAAGGCAUCCAGGUGACUAUCACCAUCACGACACUCAGAAUAACGAUUUUGCACUCAGAAUUAUAACGAUAUUGCACUCAGAAUAACUACGACAUUACACUCACAGCAACGACAUUACACUUCUCAGGAUAUAUCGCAUUUCCCAAAGAUGACGGUCCCGAAGAUGCUCGCAAAGAGAUACUUGCUCAUUAUACAGAGACCAAGAAAACUCAAAACCGGGCUCUAAACCCUUUAUUUCUACUCAUAGUUGUAGACAAUGACUCAAGAAUAAUAGGAGUUUUCUCGUCUGAAAAGUUUUUGUCCACCUACUUUGCUGGUACGUCAUAGUUAUUCCCGCCGUUGCAACUACAUCAAGAAGAACUACUACAGCGUUUUUCUUGUCGUUGUUGACGUCUUCUAAUUGCUAGAGCGUCGUGAACAUCGGCAAGAACCUGGAUCAAGGAGAAGGAGAUGGUGAUGCAGUAGAAGAAGAAGAAGAAGAAGGAGAGGAAUGCGCGACGCGGACGUCCUCGCUCACCAGGGAAAUGCUAUUCCUAAGAUUAAGGCAACCACGAGCUCUCUAAGGGUGGAAAAACAGAGGACCCAAGAUGACUUUCAAGAUGGAUGAGGAUGUGAUAAAACAAGAAGGUUUGAAACACCUCUGUACAACUACUUUCAAGAGAGAGAUCUAAUAAGAACAUGGAAAAACCCAACGGAUUUCACUCAAUUGGCAUCGCGCAUCCAACACAAUGGUCCGCAUCAGUGUCUUCCGAAACGGCUGCUCUCAUUCUACUUUAUGUUGUUCGGUAUGAAUCGCUUCUACUAUAUGUUGUCCGUGUAUACUUUGUGUUGUCCGUUUAUUUUAGACAAUGUCAAAAAACGCCUAAUAGAUCGCAUUCAUUCAUUUCUUCACUCACUCACUUGAAGUUUUUUUUUUGUUACCUGCCUGGGUUUACCAUGGAGCAACUCAAAGCUGCCAGCCUGGUAAUGGGAGAAAUGACAUGACAUCAAAAAGCCAUAUUUUGGGUUCUUUCGACGAUGUUGCUACCUCCUAGUAAAAGAUUCAUAACGCUAUAUUAACCUUCUGUUCAUGAUGAUCUCUAGUGAUAGAUUAAUAGGUAAUAUUACUAAAAACUUCCCAGAACCUAGUUUAAGACUAGAAAAAUGUCACUUAGAAUGAAUAUGAAGACUUACUUAGUUUAAGUAGUAGCACUAGGCUUAUUAUAGGACUAAAAACUUGUGUUUCCUCGUCAUGCUGCAGCCCGUGAGCUUGAAGCUCACUCUUUCCUUCAUGUGAGAUGUUGUAGCAGGCUUAGUCUUCGUAUCGUUGUACUUUUUUACGAUCACGACCGGCGCGAUUCUAAUUCUUACCCUGCAGCACGGCCUCAUCCAAUUCUUGCGUCUCCUGUGGUCUCGUCGCCAAGCCUUGCCCCGUCCGGCUUUUUUCAGCAAGGAGAGCAACAACGCGAAAGCACGAGCGCCAGACCUCCAGCUCCACCAUCUUCGAAGGUUUAAUAUUUGUUACUCUUAAAGCACAACUUGAUCAUCUUUGCACCUACACUUUCACUCGUUGCUCGCAUUUCCCGGCUCGUUUCUCACGCUUACCAGAUAUUACUCUUUUUAAAGAGAAUCUUAGAAGUUAUACUUCUCGUUUUUGUUCGUUUUCUGAUCAUACUUCUGAUAGAGUUUUUAGAAAUUCUUGUUCCGAUGAUUACACUGGUCAUCCUGAAGACCUUGACUAAGUACUUACUCUAAAAACAUUAGCGCCUCAAGACUUUAAGUUCUGGCACUUUUCUCAACCUGACCUCCAAGUAAAUCUAGAGAGUACUGAGAUCAUAUUAAUAGAUCAUUAGAUAGUCAAAAUAUAAAUAAUAGUUAGAUGUACAUCCAGAGCAUACUAGUAUCACUCCAGAGCAUACUAUCACUCCAGAGCAUGCUAUCACUCCAUAAUAGAUGUGCACUCAGUGCGCAGCGUAGUAGCUUCACUACUCGAGGAGGGCCACCGACUACUUCUAACAUUCGACGACAAGCAAGUAAGAAAAUACGUGCAGCAACUAGUUUACUCGGUGGAACCAAAUGAAUCCAAAAUCAAUAAACAUAACUUUUUUCUGCUACGAACUGUAGGAAGUUUCAUGAAGACCAGCCAUCUAUGAAAUCGCCGCAACAUUUGUCCGCCGAUCGCUCCCAAAGUUCGCGGACUGUGGGAGUUGUGGCGGAGCUUGUGACGAGUCUCGUGUAUACUGUGGUGAAAAUUGUUUUUACUGUGACGAGAAUCGUUUUCACUGUGGCGAUAUUGGUUUUACUGUGACGAUUUUUUUUUAUUGUGAUGGGAAUUUUUCUUAUUGUAGCGAAGUUUUUUGUGACUGUGGCGAGAAUUUUUUUCAUUGUGGCGAGAGUUUUUUUUUCAUUGUGUUUGUGGCGAAACUUUUUCUUACCGAGACGCGAAUUCUCUUCACUGUGACGGGCUUCGCUCUUCUUGUGGCGGGCCUCGUCUCUACUGUGACAGGCCUCGUCCUUACUGUGACGGGCUUCGCCCUUACUGUGACGCGCUUCGCUUUUACUGUGAUGGGCCUCGGCCUUAUUGUGACGGGCCCCGGCCUUGUUGGCACGGGUCUCUACCUCAUUGCGACAAGCUUCAAACUUACUGCGACGGGCUUCGGCCUUUUUGUGGGGACCCUAGUGGCGUCAGGAUUCGAACAGCCCGGAGGGCUGGGCACUCGCUGGCGAGUCCUCAUGUUCUCGGGCUAUUCGAACCGUAACGCCACUCGAGUGCCCUCCAGCAGGAACGCCUUCAAGGUGCAGGCGCUUUCUCGAGCCGCCAACGAAAAUAAAACUCGCGCGCCCGCGCUUUCAAAGUCUUACGGUAGCGGGCUUCAGCCUUACUUCGAGGCCAGGCAGGUGCCCCCAAGAACCGAGAAAGGCGUUGGCCGCUUGGGGGCGUUUGAGUUUGGAGGCAUGCUAGCGGCGCUGGGAUUCGAACAGCCUGAAGGGCAGGGCACUCGCCGGCGAGUUCUCAGCUUCUCGAGCUGUUCGAAUCUUGACACGACUAGGGUGCCUUCCAGCAGAAACGCCCUCAAGGCGCAGACGCCUCCUGGAGCCGUCAACGAAAAAGGCGCUCGCGCUUUCAGGCCAAUUCUGGGCACACCUACUCGCCAUCCAAAGGCCAAAGCCUGACACUGAGGCUCGUCACAUUACCGAGGGGGACCGAAUCUCGCCACAGUAAAGACGAGGCUUGUCACAGUAGAAACGAGGUUCGUCACAGUGAGGACAAAGCCCGCCACAGUAAGCAUGAUGCUCGUCACAGUGAAAAUAAAAGACUCACGCCACAGCAAUUAAAAAAUCCUCGCCAUAGUCAUAAAGUUGAAGACUCUCGCCACAGCAAAAACGAGGCUCGUCACACUGCGGACCAUUCUCGUUUCAGUAGAAAAAUCUCGCGACAGGCUCCGCCACAACUUCCACGACUUCAGCACAACCUCCACAACCACGGAGGAAUCUUUCUUAGAUGUUCGGCUUUCCUCAAAGUUUUUGCGAAUGAUAAGAGACUUUGGCUUCAUAUACAACUCGUCACCAAUAACUUUACUUGUAGCUAGUUGGUCGCCAGCAACUAGCAACAAGAUGCAACUGCAUGAACGCACUCACUCACACUCACUCACUCGCUCACUCAUUCGCGUCACCUUCUGAAGUUCAUUAAUGCCAUCUAUCACCAGGUUGAGAGAGCGGCGCAGGGGCUUUGUGGUGUCUUGACAGCGAAAGGGCAUCCCUUGGGGGCAUAUUGUAGUGCGCAGGAUCUUCCUAGGAUUGUAACGCGCACGACGGACGCGCAGUUAUUUAAAAAGCUGACACAGGCGCUACACAAGCCGCAGCUGGGUGCUGGGUCUUUCGGGACGGUGUUCGACAUGGGACCUUGUGAGGAUAAGCGCUACGGCGGAGCUGCUUGUUAUGAAAGGAAAAGCUUCUGCAAUCACACGGCUCAAGAAGAUGACUCCAAUUGGCUAGGACAACUUAAUUAAGAAAAGGGGGCUAGCCAGCAGGCACCUAAUGUGAUUACUUUUUCUUUUUGAGUGUGAGUGCGCUUUUCUUUUUUCUGUCAUACCUGUGUGGUGAAGGCGAUUCGUGGUGACUGGAAUCCCGAAGAAGUGGUGAGGGAGGCCUGGAUCCAGCAGCUGAUGUGGAGUUACUUUGAGACUACUGCGAAGUCAGGACUGCGCAGGCGCAAGUAUGACGGCAAUUGCGUUGGAUUUGUAUCCAGUGUUGUGAUCGACGAUCGAGCACGGGGAGGUGCCGGCACUCCCUAUCUUGUAAAUAAGGCUACCGCGGCUAAAGCAUCCACUUUUUAGAAUACCAUGCAUGAUCGAUCCCUGGGUUUUUUUUUACUAGCGGCGCCCAGGUACUAGGAUCAUGCUCAAGUCAAGGAAGAUGCUCCCAACAUCAUGGAAGGUGUCUAAUGUAAUGGAGAAACUGGGGCCUCUACCUCGUCAGGGUAGCCUUCUUUACGACGCUUCCCGUCCGGAGACGAUGGAGAGAGCUGAGAAGGCAAGGGAGUGUCUGAGCAUCAUGUAUGGCUACCAGACCUGGAACCCUCGACGUCUGUUGAUCUGUCGUGGCGCCCCUUAAUGAACUGCGAAGGGUGGAUGAAAGCACGACAGAACAACAGGACCCGGGGACAGUAGAUCCAGGAAAUUUACGGAAUCUUCAUAUCAUUAACGAGGAAAUUGGCGUCACACACGGCGACUUCAAAGGAGAGAACGCGUUGCUAGAUUUGCAAACCCAGGGGCUUCGUCUGGCCGACUUUGGUGUCUCCACUAUUUGGAUCGCGAAUGGUGAGACCGGAAACAUCGAACUCAUCGCCGGUCAAAAUGCUUCCCUGGAACAACUGAGUUGUGCUGGUACGCCGUUCUUCAUGCAUCCGAGUCUUUGGCGUGUGCCCAGUUGUUAAGGGUCGUUUCCACCUAACUACACUCACAUUCAUUCUCCCAGAAGCUGUACUAGGUCUUUUUCCAGUACUAGAAAAGAAGCAAGGUGGGAUGUUCUGAGGAGUGUCAUUCCGUAACCUCUAAAGUUGCUCCCAGCAACGACUUGAGGAGAAGCAGAAGACGCCAUACACCCCGAUUGUUGGACUACACAUCGAUCUGUACGCAUUGGGGACGCAGCUGAUUCGUGACGUCCUCGGUACGUGGAGGAAUUGGCUUUUGCUUGCCCGGAUUCUAUCUGUUAAGGCUAACGCUAGCGCGGCUACUGACGAAGCAUUCUCAACAAACUGACAUCAUGGGUCCGUCUUCUCCGGCUCUUUUUCUAUAGUGUAUGGUGGGUCGCUGUGGAUGUGAGCACCCACCCACCCGAGCUUUCCCACCGAAAGCCUGGGCGGGUGGGACGCCAAUGAGCAUCUAGGGCGCUAAACAAUUUACUUUCUCCGAUAUUGAGUUUGAUCUAGUAACACGCGCGUGCUCGUUCUUCCUUUUUCUUUGACUGGUACCUCUGAACACAAGAGUUGAGAGAGCGUCUCGCUUUCCUUCCUCCUUCACCUUCAAUUCUCCGCACUUGCAGUAAAAUCAGAAACUUCUUUGGGGCACUCUUAUAAUCACAGUUUUAUAUUAGUGUAUUUGGCUACAACGUAUAGAAGCGUAAAUACUUCUCAGUCUACAUAUAGUUAUAUAGUGUAAAAAGAAGCUGCCGGUGCCCAAGAGGACGGUCUCGUGGUCAGACGAGAUGUGAAGGAACUACGCGGUAGGUCUAAGUCUGCACCAGACUAUAUACCAGGCAUAACAUCAAAAGCCUUUUGGGUGAAAACAGAUCCGGCAGACCUUUUCCAGCGUUGCUGUUAUGAUGGUUCUCCUUCUUCUUAUAUUAGUGAUAUCCUACUGUUACCUCAUUGAAGUCGAGCAUGCUAAUAUUCCGGAACAAAAGGUGGGCCCUCGAUCCUCCGACGUCUGGAUCUGUCGCGGCGUUUGGGUUCUUUGUAGUCGCAACACAUAAAGACGGGCCCAUAUUACUACUGGCAAGGCUAUACCUGGCCCUUAAUCAGUCACAAAGCUACUACUAGUACUAAGUAGUCUCUUCACAUUAUUACUAAGAUUUACAUCUUCACACUCUUGCCCAAAGUCUGCACUAAUACUAAACUUUGUGCGAGAUUUAUUGCAUUGCGUUGUAUUGUAGUGGCCCACCCUGCUGCAGGGAUUUCUUCUAUCGUCGACUUUCAACACAUACGUAGAUAGCAUUCCGGCACAAGAUCAACAUAGUUGUUGGAGAUGAGUGGUAGUGUAGUAGAGUAUAGUUCGAGAGCAGACUUGGCGGAGCAGACUUGGCGCACUAAAAGUACUUACAACUUCGAGGGUGGUUCAUAUACUACAACAUUUUUUGGCUCAGCGCCACAGCAUUACUAUAGAUACAUGACUCAGGGCCGCACGGAAGGGGGCCAGGGCGCCCCCCGCUAGGGGGCGGGGGGGCCGUCGCCCCGCGCCUUGGAACAUACAUAGUAAAGAAGUCCGCGACAGAUCGAGGGCUCUAGCACACGAUCAAAAUCCGUUUUCAAAUUCAUCUAUGAAAACACUAGAAAAGGAGUAGUAUGAAGGCCUAUGUGCUGUAGUAGUACUACGAGUAAUAUUAAAUAUGGGCGGGGGGUCUUCAACACCAGUCAUCUCCCUCUCCUUUCAUUAGCAGGACGUCCUCGGAGGUGCAGGAUCAGGAGCAUCACCCGGGACGGCUCCUUACGAGAAGUGCCUUCAGGGCAGAUGUGGUGUCUGUCCUCCAAAUUUAGCGCAUUUUUGCCAAGUACAGAAAAAUACUCGCGCUCAAUUUGCUCGUCAGCACCUGCAGCUUUCAGCACCUGCAGCUGGCACUGAGACUGAAAGCUGCUACAACGGGUUCGAGCGCAAGAGGAUUCAUUAAGGCAGCAGCUUGCAGAAGAUCAUGCAUCUUAAAGAGUCCAUGGUAGGUCGAGUCAUCCUCGUCUUCUUCCAUGUCCUUUUGUUCAUUCUUCAAGUAGAAGUAGUUAGCAAAAGAGACCAAGAAGGGCAAGGGGCAUGCAGCUACGAAGCAAUUGCACUUAGGACAGCAUCUCCUCACUUCUCCUCUCUUGUAUUUCACUCAGUGAGACAAUUGUCGGGUUGUACAACGUUAACGCGGUAGCUCUUCUAAACUCAGGCGCUUUUUGACAUAGAAGAUGGUAAGCGGCCAUGGAUAAAAAAAGAACAAUUAUGGAAAUUAUAUAUAUUAGAGAACAAAGCUGCGCGAGAUCUAUUUUUGCAUUGUAAUUCUUGCAUUGUACUACUGUGCAGUUGUAUCUAUUAUAUCCUUCAUAAUAUCACUCAUGUUCGUGAGCUCUCUCACUCAGCAUGAGCCAUCUUUUUGCGCCUGUCCUUUUGCCCUGUCUCUUUGGAGGAGUUCCACCCAGGACGAGACCUCUACCCAGGACGAGACCAGAAGCAAGUAGUACGGGCGUGGAGCUGCUUCAGCAACUGAACGCGAAGGAAGAACUGAAAGAGCAAAAGCCCACACUCGUCCGCCCCUAAGGCAGUCUGCGUUGAACUUUGUGCGGUAUUCGAAUAGCCUCACUUUGCUGCAACGAAGGGAGGCGGAACCCGUCCCCAAGAUGCCAGCAAGCGCCGGCGGGCAGGUAAAGGCGCAAAACCAUGGGCGCCACCUUCAGCGCGUCGGCCAUAGUGGGCGCGGGUGCCUGUGGUUCCUUCUUCUCUCUCCUCUCUCUCUCUCUUCUGUUCGUGGCACUGUGCCCGGAUCAUAGCGAACAAGGACGCCAAGCGACCAAGCAAGG